CCCUGCUCUGUCGCCCCAAGUCGCAAGACCCAAGAUCCCAAAGCCCCGAGCUUGCCCUAAGGGCUAACACACCUGAUCGCUGAUACUGUAACGCUUGGCCUGGUUGUACUACGCGCUGCGGGCCGUGUACGUACAUCGUUAAGUCUUGAGGCUCGAAGCCUUUCUAGCGCCGCAUACCCCAUGCCUCGUGCCCAAGCAGAAGACUGGAGACCGUGAUCCUGUGGGCAAACAACUGCACAGUUCCCUUCGCUGUUGGAUCGAAGAGAUUUACCAACAGGCUGCCCAAGAUGCUCCUUUUUUCCGACUGGGACGAAACUAUCUCGAACAGCGACACCCUCUCGCUCAUUGCGCCGCCUUGGGACAUGGAUACAUUCCCCGAACGGACAAGCUUCUCUGCUUUGGCCGAAGCGUACGUGCGGGAUUUGGAAGAGCACAACUUACAGCACGAAAAGGGAACGACACUGGGCGAUCAGCUCAAUUUCCUUGAUUCUCUGGACGCGGUGGAGCUAAAGAGCCAAGACCGCGUCGAGAAAUCACAGCUGUUCAAGGGCUGGAACCCUGUGGCUGCGGAUGAACGGGCUCGAAAGUUGGUCGAGUUCAGACAAGGAUGGAGCGAGGCAGCGGCCUUCAUAGAGUCUCGAGAUGCGAUCCAGCUACAUAUAAUCUCGGUAGGCUGGUCCGGUCGCUUCAUACAGACGGCACUUGCGACACCACGAGGCGGAUCUUGCACACCACACAGCAUCUGCGCCAAUGAAAUCGAGCUAGACUGCCACGGCCAUCUGGUUGGGACGGGAAAGCUUACAAAGAGCAAAGAUGCAUCGUCGACGCCGGGUCGCUCAGGCAUUCGCGUCGCCUCGGACAAGCAGAGGGAGAUGAGGCGGAUUCGCACGCAAAUGGACAGGGCUGGCAAGCAGAUCUGUGUGUAUGCAGGUGACAGUAACACCGACUUGGCAUGCUUGCUUGAAGUCGACGUUGGUCUCAUCUUUGGCGAGGCCGAGAGUCUCCUAGCUACUCUCGAACGCAUCGGCUUGGGCAAUUGCGUCAAUACCCCCGAAGAAUGGCUGAAGCGUGGAGGAAAGCUGGGCAAGCGCGAUUUGCAUGCACGCGAAAAAGUACUCGUUCACGUACGAAAUUGGCAGAAUGCAUUGCCUAUACUAGUACAAUUGUACAAGAAAGAUGCAAAAGACUAGAAAUUCAUUGUACCUUCGAUUGGUCCCUUCACGUGCAGCCGAAGUCGCGCAAGUGCAUAGUUGGCAUGCCCCGUCACCGAACGCACGUCCAGCUGCAACUACAACUGAUCCGCGG